CAUCCAUUCGCUGUUGCUUUGCAUUCGGGCUUGUCUCUCACGCCUUUCAACUUGCGUUGAUUCCGAUAUUUCUUUCCUAAUAGUAAAAGCUUGCACGUUAGGAAAAUGACACGCGUCCAUAUAUACUCGAGGCAUGUGGUAAAAGGUCAGGAAAGUUAGAGGGUGCUGUCCGUCUGAGCGCUAUUCGCGUGAGGAGGUUGGAGCGAGCAGCGUCAUCGGCUGAUGACGCACCUCGUGUACCUCAUAGCGCUCCUCCUCAUCUCAUCCGCUCCCUCCACCGCUCAUCGCCGCGUUCUCUCCUCCUCCAGCCGCGCGCUGCCUGGCUGGCAUCGCGAUCGCCGUGCGCCCCGCCUCUCCAACGCAUCUCUACCGCACCCAUGGCUCGCCUCCCUCCAUUCCUCGCGCCGCAUCCACCUUGCUUCGACCGGCGGCUUCCAGUGGAACGAGCGCACUCAAGCAGCUCCUUUUCCGCCGCCGCUCGCGCGUCUGCUGCCGCCAAGGACACUCCUAGCUUCCGCUUCCACUGCGAGCCCUCCGCCACCAACCCCCCCUCCUCGUCCCCCACCACGGCCGCCUCCGCGCCCCCCCCGUCCCCCACCGCGUCCCCCUCCACGUCCCCCUGCAAGCAACCCUCCUCAAACCGCACUCCCCUCCUCGCCUCCUCCAUCGCCCCCUCCCAGGUCCCCCCCGCCUCGGCCACCUUCCUCCCCCACUCUCCUCUCUCCAGCCUCCCCAUCUAUACGAAUUCCCUCGCCGCCAGCUCCGCCCUCCCCCCCACCCAUCUCCGCCAACACCACCACCCCCAACCUCCCUGCCGUUCCACAAGUCACGAGCGCAGCGGGGGUGUUCGACGUGCGCACCUUCGGCGCCGUGGGAGACGGCGAGACCGACGACACCUCCGCCCUCACGCGCGCCUUCGCCGCCGCCUGCGGCUACUACGCGCUGUACCCGGCGCGCGCCACGCUGCUGUUCCCGCAGGGCUUGACCUUCUUCAUCAAGUCGCGCUCCGUGGAGUGGAAGGGGCCGUGCAACGGGCAGGGGCUGCGCGUGCAGGUGGACGGGACGAUUCUGGUGGAUCCCAGGGGGGUACCCGCGCUGACGCCCAUCAUCGCGCUGCACGGCCUGCGCUACCUCGUCCUCGCGGGCCGCGGCGUCAUCGACGGAGGCGGGCAGGCCGUGUGGGGGCGCGCGUCGAAGCGGCCGUACCUGGUGGAGAUCGUGAAGAGCAGCCACGUGGAGGUGACGGGGAUCACGCUCGUGAACCCCCCCAUGAUGCAUCUGAGCGUGAAGUACUGCGCGGGCGUGCGCAUCCACGCGUUCAGCACGGCGAGCCCGUACAACAGCCCCAACACCGACUCCAUCCAUAUCGCCUCCAGCUCCGCCGUCGUCGUCGAGAACUGCACGCUGCACGGCGGCGACGACAAUGUGUCGAUCAAGGGCUCCUCCUCCAACAUCGUCAUCAGAGACGUGCUCUGCACCGCUGGCCAUGGCAUCAGCAUUGGCAGUCUUGGCAGCAGGCCCCGGCGCGGGUGUGUGUCGAACGUGAGGGUGAAGGACGUGCAGCUGGUGGGGCUGCAGACUGGCCUGCGUAUCAAGACGUACCAGGGGGGCGAGGGCACAGUGCACAACGUGCGCUACACCAAUGUCAGGAUGACAGAUGUCACCUAUCCCAUUCUCAUUGACCAGUACUACUGCGAGAGGCAGCCCUGCGGUGGCAAGCCGGGCUCCCUGGCGGUGUUUGACAUUCACUACAAGAACAUCUUCGGCACCACCAACUACACGCGCAGCGGGGGCAUCAAGCUCUCCUGCAGCCCGCGCACGCCGUGUGGCCGCAUCUCAAUGCGCAACGUGCGCAUCCAGCACUCGCGGCCCAACACAACACUCUCGCCCAUCCUGCAGAACGCAUAUGGCACCAGCAAGGCCGUGGUGCCCACCAUAAGCAAGAACGCAUGGAGGAAGGGGAAACUGUCACGCAGCAAGGCGUUCACAAUCUCGAACGAGUACAGAAAAUGUGGCGGGCUAUGGUGGGCGUUGUUCCUUGGGCCCAAGGGGCUCGGUUGGGCGUCGCCCAGCACCACCUUUGACUUCGCCAAUUGAUGCACUGCUUCAGAUUUGGAUGCCUCUCUCCAUUUCCUCAUGUCAGAUUCUUCGUCUAGCACACUGGCUUCCAAAAAAAGGCUCUCUACACACUGAGUAGAGAUGGAAUGAAUACUGGUGCAAUUCGCUUGUGUACAACCUGUCAACAUAAAGUUGUAUAUGUUAUAGGCUAGAUAGGUGCAUGCUCAUAGAGGGUACAGCACCAUAGAUCAAAACCUCCC